AGCACAGCAGGCGGGGCUCUUCCCCUGAAGGAGGAUCUCUUUGGUGUGGAGUGUGACCGCUCUACUCCCUAUCUCCGCAGGUGGGGGCAGCGGAAGGGGAGGGCAAGACAGAGAGAGCAAGAGGAAGAAGACACUGCAACCUACUUGAAUAAUUGAUAGCGCGAGGAGGGGGGAGCGUAUGCGGGAGCAGCUGGACUCCCUGUGUCUCCAUCCGCUCACCAGCCGGGGAUGAGAGAGCUCAGCUCAGGAGAUCUGAUGAAGUGGGGCACUGCAUUAGUGACAUCCUAGACUCUCCUGUCCGGGACCCCCAGACUGCACUUACCCCUGCUGUUCACAACAAGACUGUGGAUUUGUUUGAAAUGAUUGAAAAAAUGCAGGGGAGUCGUCUGGAUGAGCAAAGAUGUUCUCUCCCAACUCCGCUCAAGAGAGAAGAGGAGUAUAUCCCAUACCCCAGCAUCCAUGAGGUGUUACGGAAAGGGUGGCCAUACCCCCUCAUUAUCCUACCCCAGUUCGGGGGCUACUGGAUUGAAGGAACCUGCCACAGCCUCCCCAGCUCGACCUCGGCUCUGCCUGACCUGUCUUCCCCCUGCAGCAGUAAAGUGAAGCUAGAAGGCGACCCCACGGCCAAGCUGUACCGCAAGCACUUCUUGGGGAAGGAGCAUCAGAACUUUUACUCCAGUGACACAACCUUGGGCUACCUGAUCCUUUCUGUGAAGUAUGAGCAGAUUGAGAGGCAGGACAACUUGCACCUGUUGCUGAGGACUCGAACCGGUACCAAACACGACCUGAUCCCCAUUUCCUGCCUGAAUGAGUUCCCCAAUGCAGUCCAGAUGGCAAAGCUGCUGUGUGAAGACGUGAAUGUUGACCGAUUCUUCCCUGUCCUCUACCCCAAGGCUUCCCAGCUCAUUGUUGCCUUUGAUGAACACGUCAUAAGCAAUAACUUCAAAUUUGGGGUCAUCUACCAGAAAGCUGGGCAGACCACAGAGGAAGAAGUCUUCAGUAACACUGAAGAGAGUCUGGGCUUCCUGGAGUUCCUGGAGUUCCUUGGAGACAGGAUCCAGCUGCAGGAUUUCCGUGGGUUCCGAGGAGGCUUGGAUGUCACAAGGGGUCAAACUGGCACUGAAUCAGUCUAUACCAAUUUCCGGGGCAAGGAGAUCAUGUUCCAUGUAUCUACGAAGCUGCCAUUCACAGAGGGAGAUGCCCAGCAGCUGCAGCGGAAGCGUCACAUUGGGAACGACAUUGUGGCCAUUGUCUUCCAGGAUGAAAACACUCCCUUUGUCCCUGACAUGAUAGCAUCUAAUUUCCUGCAUGCCUAUGUGGUGGUACAGCUUGCUCAUGGUUCCAUUGGGGAGACUCUCUACAAGGUUUCAGUAACAGCUCGAGAUGACGUCCCCUUCUUUGGACCCCCUCUCCCAAAUCCAGCCAUAUUUAAAGAGGGUUCAGAGUUUCGUGAAUUCCUCUUGGCUAAACUAAUCAAUGCUGAGUACAGCUGCUACCGGGCUGAAAAGUUUGCCAAACUAGAGGAGCGAACUCGCAGUGCCCUCCUGGAGAGCCUUUUUGAGGAGUUGCAGCUCCGUAGCCGCAGCAUGAUGGGCCUGGCCUCUGGGGACGAUGAGAAGAUGGAGAAUGGGGGUGGUGGCUUCUUUGAAAAUUUCAAGCGGGUGAUCCGAGGCCGCAGCCAGAGCCUGGAUACCAUGGGGAUAGCCAUGAGGAAACAGCAGCAGCCGGCAACCCCGCCCAGCCGCCCAGCUACCACCGGCCUUGCUCUCAACCAGAGUGUCGCCGAGGGCACCAAGGCUAUUGCUGCGUCCUUUGCCCUGCCUGGGAGGAGCCCAUCGCGCACCCGAGGCAGCCACUUCCACGGGCGUCGCAGCAGUGCCAUUGGCAUUGAGAACAUCCAGGAGGAGAAGAGUAGGGAUGUUGCUGACAGAAUCCAGAAGAUGCUGGAGAGUCCAGGACCCUUUUUUGACCUGAAGUCUGAUGGCUCCUCCAGUCCCAGUUCCCCAGAGUUCCCAAACAGGAAGAGCAAAACCCUCUCCAAUCAAACAUCGGGAUAUUGUGUGAUGCAGCCACUCUCACGCUCCUCAUCCAAUGUGAGUAGCUGCUGUAGUGGAGUGAGGGAAAAUGAAACAUCUGAGGAAGAGGAGAAUGAGACGGAGCUGAUAUGCUCUCUUGAGGGCCCUCAGAAGCGGGAUUCCCUGGUUCAGAGUGUGUGGCUGGAUGACAGUGUGGGCACACCCAGUAGUGCUAGCUCACCAGUAACCCGACUGCUCCCGUCUAGCAACGCUGCAGGCUCCAUGGAGAAGGGGAAAGGCAGCAAGGCAGAUGCUCAGCGUUACAGCCCGGCCUCCAUUUUGUGCUGUGUGUGAUGUCAUCGCUGGAGGGGUGUCACAGUGCAUGCUGGGUAAUGUACAGGAUUAGCUGCUGAAGUGAAGGGCCUGGCUACUCCUCACCUUAGAGAUUCAGAGGAGACAAAGCUGGAUUCCCAAGACUGCUGGCCCUUCUGCUUCCUCCAGUGAUGGUUGUGUCAAAAGCAGCCAGAAAACCAGCCAUGAAACCAAAUGUGGCAUUAAUUCAUCCAAGUAUAUCAUUACAGUUCAACCACCUCAGGGGCCAUAAACAAGCUGUUCCACUAGGGGAUUUCCAUCCACCAGUGGAGAGGAGAGAGUGAAAAGGGAGCACUUUCAGUUUGUUUUUAUUCCUGGUAUAAAACUUUCCCCAUUGAGUCCAUUGCAGAAGGGUUCAGAGAGCCUGUUCAUGGUCUUCUCUUCUGGGGAAGACAGCACUUAAGAGUCUAUUCUUAGAGGCGGCAGAGAAAUCCAGUUCAUGAUUGCUGCCAUAUGAAUUGACAUGGAAUUUGCCAUUAACCUCCAAGGUCAUUACUGUAACCCUGUCAUUAAAGAGAGGCCCAGGCCCUGAAGCCAUUGAGAGCUAUGCCCAUCCCCUCAGAAUGUGUGUACAUGAAGGUCUCUCCUUCCCCCAUCUUUCAUCACACUGCAAACUUAGUGUAGGAAACAUUGUCCAGUUGGGAGUCAUUCUUCUUACGGUACCUGAUGAGUUCCCCAGCCUUGUCCUUGAGGAGUUCAUUUUCCCUCGGUACCUUCUCCCUUUUCUCUCUCUGCCCUCCACUCUCUGUACCCUGCAGUAGCAAGAUGUGUAAAUGUGAAUCUCUGACCCUCACUCCAUGCUUGUGGUGUGUGUGUGUGGCAUCUUGGGCUCGCAAU